CUGAGUUAUGUAAAGUCCGUGCAGAUUAUAAACGCGAAACCGAUGAAAAAUUGAAUGCCAAAUAUAGUGAAUUGUCGCUCGAACAUGAAUCUACUAAAUUUGUUCUUGAAUCUAGACUAAAAGAAGCUGAGUUUAAACUAAAAGAAACUAAAUCUGAAGUUGGUAAUCUAAAAGAAAAUAUCCAGAGUUUAAAAUAUUACAAUAAUUUUUUAUUGGAUAUUUUACAGUCGAAUGAAUCCAUUUGGUCUAAACCGAAAAGAACGUGCCCAAGCAAAUCAGUCCUCGAUCGAGCUGAAUUGUCUAUUCUAAACACAUUUGGACCUCUCGAGGCUGACGAAACUAACGUAGUAGAGAGGGCAACAUGUAAUGAAGUCGAUGCUACAUGUAGUUCAACAAAUCGAGACGAAUCAGUUGUCAUUGAAAAUGAAACGACAAAUUUUGCGGUUGAUGAAGUCACUCGAGGCGAAACAGAGCCGCAAGCUAAUGUUAGUCCCAGUGGAGAAAUUCAGGUCAACAAUCAAAGUAUAAACCCGGCAAACCCGGCACAAGGCCACACUCUGGAGGCAAAUUCGAAUUCGAAGUCGAUUAAGGAUGGGGGAUGUUUAACAUCGAAUGUUUACGAAGACCAGGUAACCGAUUAUCGAAACUCCCAAAAGCGAAAGUUUAAAGCAAGUAAGAAAACACUGCUUGUCGGAGACUCUAUGACUAAACACAUCUGUAAUCAAAAGAUUGGUAGAGCGUGUCGAGGAUCGUCUAAAUGUUACACAUAUAGCGGAGCUACCGUAAGUACUCUAGAAACUAAGCUAGACUCCAUAAUGGCUAAUGAGUCGUUUUCAA